UGCUUUCUAACAGUGUAGCGUUAUAAUUCGAGCUGAACGCCAACGCGCAAAACCGAAGGAGUUGCGGGGGCGCGCGCCGAAGAGCGAGCACAGCUGUCAGCACCAAGGACAGCGCUCAGCCGCGAGCGUCGCAUCGCCUCUCAAGCAGAACAACAGCCGACGGACAGAGAGUCGGACGAUACGCGACACGCCACACAUUUUUCCUGUCGGGUUUCAUGCGUUAUGCGUCAAGCUUACUAUAUAGGGAAAAACUGGUGCAAUGAAUGCAGGGGUCUCUGUGUACAGAACCGGUGACCAUGUACACAUCGCCGCAGUGAAUUUGGCACUUGGGAUUUUUUCAUCCUAAGAUAUUGGCACACUGGACGCUGGGUUUAGUCUUUUAAAAUUACGUGAGGUGCUAUCCGAGGGUGCAUCUCUACGACCCUCCAGUAGCACUAAAUAGAGGAACGCCGGUGCGCGUUUGUUGCCGUGCGCACGAUGCGUCUUCUUCUGUUGGCCGCGUUUGUUGUCUCCUCGUGCGUGCGAGGCGGCUGUGAGCCCAAGAUUGUGAACAUCGGAGCCGUCCUGAGCCAAAAGAGAUACGAGCAGGUGUUUAAAGAUGCCGUUACCCAGGCGAACCAGGUGUACGGGAGGGAAAAAUUCAAGUUGACCGCCAUCUCUGUCACUCACAAAGCCAACGCGAUUCAGAUGGCGCUGUCGGUCUGUGAAGAUCUUAUUUCCAGUCAGGUGUAUGCCAUCCUGGUAAGCCAUCCACCACAGUCUAAUGACCAUCUCACUCCCACACCGGUCUCAUACACCGCAGGAUUUUAUCGGAUUCCUGUAGUAGGGCUCACCACCAGGAUGUCCAUUUAUUCAGACAAGAGCAUCCAUCUCUCUUUCCUGCGUACAGUACCGCCGUACUCUCACCAGGCCCAUGUGUGGUUUGACAUGAUGCGCGAGUUUCGCUGGAAUCACAUCAUUUUAAUCGUCAGUGACGACCAUGAAGGCAGAGCCGCGCAGAAGAGAUUAGAAACUCUGCUGGAGGAGAGAGAAACCAAGAAUAAAAAAAGGAACUAUGAAAACCAAGAUCAACUGUAUGACAGCAAAAGAGGACCUAAGGCCGAGAAAGUGCUUCAGUUCAACCAGGAGACUAACUUGACUGCUCUGCUCUUGGAGGCCAAAGAGCUGGAAGCCCGAGUGAUCAUUUUGUCUGCCAGUGAGGAAGACGCAGCCGCCGUGUACAAAACAGCGCGCUUCCUCAACAUGACAGGCUCAGGCUACGUGUGGCUGGUCGGGGAGCGAGAGAUGUCCGGUAAAGCUUUGAGCGAGGCUCCUGACGGGCUCAUCGGCCUCCAGCUCAUCAACGGCAAGAAUGAGUCUGCGCACAUCAGCGACGCCGUUGCCGUCGUGGCCCAAUCCAUCCAAGAGCUCUUUGAGAAAGAGAACAUCACCGAACCCCCGAGGGGCUGCGUGGGCAACACCAACAUCUGGAAGACCGGGCCGCUUUUUAAAAGGGUAUUGAUGUCGUCAAAGUACCCGGACGGUCUGACGGGUCGUGUUGAGUUUAACGACGAUGGCGACAGAAAAUACGCUCAUUACAGCAUCCUAAACUACCAGAAGAGUAGACUGAUUCAAGUCGGCAUUUACAAUGGGACACAGGUUGUAAUGAAUAAACAAAGGAAGAUAAUUUGGCCGGGAGGUGAAACUGAGAGACCGAGAGGAUUCCAGAUGUCUACUCGCUUAAAGAUAGUGACCAUUCAUCAGGAACCCUUCGUGUAUGUAAAGCCAACUACUUUGGAAGGAACCUGCAGGGAAGAAUACACGCCAAAUGGUGUCUUAAUUAAAAAGGUGAUCUGCACUGGACCAAAUGAGACCAUCCCAGGGCGCCCAACAGUACCCCAGUGUUGCUAUGGAUUUUGCGUUGACCUCUUGAUCAAGUUGGCGAUGACCAUGAACUUCACCUAUGAAGUGCAUCUGGUGGCAGAUGGAAAAUUUGGAACGCAGGAAAGAGUGAAUAACAGUAAUAAGAAGGAAUGGAACGGCAUGAUGGGAGAGCUCCUGGGUGGCCUUGCAGACAUGAUUGUUGCUCCAUUGACAAUUAACAACGAACGAGCCCAAUACAUCGAAUUCUCCAAACCUUUCAAAUAUCAGGGACUCACUAUCCUUGUUAAAAAGGAAAUUCCUCGUAGUACACUGGACUCGUUCAUGCAGCCAUUUCAGAGUACACUGUGGCUAUUGGUGGGUCUUUCGGUGCAUGUGGUGGCGGUGAUGCUCUACCUACUAGACCGGUUCAGCCCGUUUGGAAGGUUUAAAGUAAACAGCGAAGAAGAAGAAGAAGAUGCCCUCACCUUAUCUUCAGCUAUGUGGUUCUCCUGGGGAGUCUUGUUGAACUCUGGAAUUGGAGAAGGUGCCCCGCGUAGUUUCUCCGCGAGAAUCCUGGGAAUGGUGUGGGCUGGAUUCGCUAUGAUCAUAGUAGCAUCCUACACUGCCAACCUGGCUGCCUUCCUGGUGUUGGAUCGGCCUGAGGAGCGCAUCACCGGCAUCAAUGACCCGAGGCUAAGGAACCCAUCAGACAAGUUCAUCUACGCCACAGUAAAGCAGAGUUCGGUGGAUAUUUACUUCCGCCGGCAGGUUGAGCUGAGCACCAUGUACCGCCACAUGGAGAAGCACAACUACGAGAGCGCGGCGGAAGCCAUCCAGGCUGUCCGGGACAACAAGCUGCAUGCUUUCAUCUGGGACUCUGCGGUGCUGGAGUUUGAAGCCUCGCAGAAGUGCGACCUGGUGACCACGGGAGAGCUGUUUUUCCGUUCGGGCUUUGGCAUAGGCAUGCGCAAGGACAGCCCCUGGAAACAGAAUGUGUCCCUGGCUAUUCUCAGUUCCCAUGAGAACGGAUUCAUGGAGGACCUAGAUAAAACCUGGGUGAGAUACCAGGAGUGUGAUUCAAGAAGCAAUGCCCCAGCCACACUCACUUUUGAAAAUAUGGCAGGUGUCUUCAUGCUGGUGGCUGGAGGCAUUGCGGCAGGAAUCUUCCUGAUAUUCAUUGAGAUUGCGUAUAAGCGCCAUAAAGACGCCCGCAGGAAGCAGAUGCAGCUAGCCUUCGCGGCCGUCAACGUUUGGAGGAAGAACUUACAGGACAAUAAGCAGAGCUCAGGGAGUCAAGCUGUGGGUGCGGCUGGGACUCCAUCUUUACCCUCUUCCUCUGUAGAGACUCAGGAUGAUAGGAAAAGUGGUAGAACAGACAGCGACCCAAAAACGAAACCCUCUUUUAGGUCCAUCAGUACCACCCUGGCCUCCAGCAUCAAGAGACGUAGGUCCUCCAAAGACACGCAAUACCCACCAACAGACAUUACGGGCCAACUCAACUUGUCUGACCCGUCUGUCAGCACGGUGGUGUGAGAGAGGGAGAGUUUAAAAAAGAUAAAGACCUGUUCAUUCUUUAAAGAGGAGCAAGAUGGAACCAAACGGGAGAAUUGUCGUCCGGCUCCUUUAGGUUUGCACAAUGAAUUCAUCGCGGAUGAGAACUGAGCCACAUCACUUUUUUGAGGAACCAACAACUAUUGCAAAACCUGUCAGGAGCGAACGGGCAAAGGACGGCAUGCCACUGCGGGACACUUGGGUGCUGCAAACACACAUACUCAUACUUAUAGGUUAAUGCUAAACUUUAUCUGAAUUGUUAUAAUCCUCUAAAGUAUAAAGUUGUAUAUAUCUUUAUAUUGUAGUGUUUAUUCUUAUCUUAUGUUAAGUGGCUGAAGUAUUACAGCAUAAUUUCAUUUAUGGAGCAAAGAACAAAAUAUCUGUCUUCUUAAUUCUAAAGGCUCUUAUUUAACAAAACAAACUAACUGUAAUAAUAAGAUUAAGUAUAUUGAUUGUUUACAUUGUUUAGGUUAUGUAAUGUACUUUAAACACACUUCAAAUUCAAAUAUUCAUCAAGUUAAUCUGUACAGUAUUUUAUGAGCCAUGACCCAAAAAUCAUUUUCUUCUCCCAUAAAACAUGCAGUAACUUUUCUAGCCAAUGAACACUUUGCAUGUAAUGUGCAUGCAAAUUUGCCCUCUAUUCCUGUGGAGAACAAAUCUCCAGUCUAAAGUAUUCCCCGUCCACCAUCACAGUGGUGAAAUAUAAUACUAUUUAUGCUGUAUGUACUUCCAAACUCUCCUUCGAACAACACUAAAUGUGAUGUACAAAGAGUUCUUCCUCUGUAAAUGUACCGAGCCGCUGUUCUCAGCUUCAGUCAGCAGGGUGCAUCAAGGGGCGAGUUUUUCCAUCCAACAAGCACUUGGCUUCUCGUGCAAAACAUCUCUCUGUGGUCACCCACGUGACCUUAGAGACCUUUUACAUGAGGUAACCCCAAGUGUGCUGUUUUGUUGUUGAAUCUGGUGCUGCAGUUUUGUAUACACCUAUCGGUUGGAUGUGAAAACUGGCCGUUUCCCGAGUUCUGGAGUUGAGAAAUAUAAACAAAGCUGCUCGGAUAAAGACUGCUUACUGUAAAUCUUUACUCAAUGCUAUUUAUAUACAGUAUGACUGUGUCAACUCCCCUCUAGGAGUGAGUUCAUACCUUGCACUUUAAUGUGAAUUGUGUCAAAAGCUUUAUGCUGUUUGCUGAUUGUAAUAUUUAUACUGUGGAAAAUUCACAUUUGCAAAUGCGUAAACUGAUCAAAUUGUCUGUGUAAAUUGGACAAAACACUUUUUUUUUAAAAGAUUUUAAAACUAAACUGAUAUUUAAACUGAUUUCCCCCAGAAAUAUCUCUGUAUUUCUGUUGAGUACUUUUACAUAGACUUUUAAGUUUUAGCUAUUUUAAACUGACACGUGUACAUAAUGUAAAGUGUUUUCUCAAUGCUUGGUUCAAUUAAUGUGGUUUGUAUUUAAAAGGCACAAUGUCUUAUGACUUUAAGGGCAUGUGUAUGUGUAUUACUGUAUGCUGCUUGAAUUACUAGAUUGCUGUAUGAUUUUGAGAAACUGUUGAUUAAAGGGAGUGUUUGUAUGAGAAACUGUCACACUGUAAAUGACACAUUGUCACACUCACAUGAAGAAAUACACAUACAUGAAGCAUUAGG